AUGCCUACUAAUGGAACUGGUGUAGAAAGAGUCGGUGUUCAAUUUGGUAGUUUAAGUUUAUCAGAAACUUCUGAGGAACAGGUAGAAAUGGUCGAAAAUGAUCUUUCAUCUCUUGCCCAUCAAGAUGAACUUUCUAAUUCUUCUACACCAACUUCUAUUAAUCGCCUACCUACAUCCAGCUCAUCUACCUCAUCCACACAACAACAACAACCAUCAUCUAUCAACAGCAGUGCACCAUCAAGUGUGCCAACAAAUGCUUCAUACUUGAAACAACAACAAGAACAAUCUGCCGCUACUGCAUAUUUAAAUCAACAUCAUUUGGGAGGAAUAGAGCCAAUAAGUGCUCCCUAUACUUCUUACAUAAAUCAACCACCAAAUCAAUUGUCACAAUUUGGUAUUGGACCUAUUCAACCUGAUUAUGCUACAUUAUAUCCUGCUGAAGCUCAGCGAGGAGGAUAUUAUGCAGACCCUUCAUAUCCACAAGCCUUGCUCGUUACAUCUUCAGUAGGUGGAUUUCAAGGAAGAGACAAGUAUUCACAAGAAACACCUAGCAAUUCAUCAUCCACACAAUCUGUCAGUGCAUCACCUUAUGGUUACCCCACGACCCCUACUACUCCCAGCACACCUCAUUACUCAAACACCAGAUAUGAUGAAAUGUCUCCUCUGAUACAUCAUCUUCCUGGUGCAGUGCCUAAUGUUCACAAUUAUCAGAAAACUUAUGGAGGAGGCAGUGGUAUGCCACCAAUUAAUUUCUUGGGUAAUGCAGGAGGUGUUAAUAGCAAUCCACAACCUUCCUCUGCAUCAGGUGGAUCAAAUACCACUACAUCAUCAAAGACUGGUAACAAUAAUUCAGACUUGAAUCCUCAAGGCCAAUACAAAUCUUAUCAGGAUAAAACUUCUGCAUCAGGCCAACAACAGUCUUCGGGGGUUGGUCAAUCUGGUGCAAUACAGCAUCAACAACAAUCUAGCACUCCCAAUUAUUAUAGUCAACAACAAGCUCAACAAGUGUUUAAUAGUUAUCAAUAUCUACAAAACCAUCAAUACCACCCUCAUCAAGCACAUCAUCAAGGUGCCAGAAAUCGUAGUCAAUACUGGAAUCAAAAUUAA